AUGAAGUUUCUCCCUGUUUUUGUGGCAGUGGCCGCCAUCGUCGUUCAGACAGGACACAGCUUUCCUUUGGAACUCGAUGAGCGCGGAAAUUGCUGCAGCGGCCAGAGUGGGUAUAACCAACCCAAACGCGACCUUAUGGCCGCUAUUCGACAUGCAAUUCUAGUCAGAGCACCUGCUCCGGAGCCGGCUCCAGAGCCCGUUCCCGCCCCAGAACCAAGUCCAGGCGACGAAGAGACCGAUGGAAAUUGCUGCAGUAGCCAAAACCAGUAUCCGAAGCGUGACAAUGAGGACGAGUUGAUGGCAAGGGCCCCUGAGCCUGAGCCCGAACCUGAACCUGAGCCAGCGCCCGAGCCGAGCCCAGAUGGUGAAGAAACGGAUGGGAACUGCUGCAGCAGCCAAACCGACUAUGACCAGCCGAAACGCGACCUGGGAGUCGUGCCUGGAGCCAGGGAUCCCGAACCAGAACCAAUGCCAGAACCAAUGCCAGCGCCAGCCCCAGAAGACUACUACCAACCAAAACGCGACGUAGACGGUGAACUCAUGAUCCGAGACCCUGAGCCAGAACCGACAACAGUUCCUGACAUGGCUGCCGAGCCCGCCGUCGAUAUGGUGAUCAGGGAGGCCUCACCGGAGCCAGAGCCGGAGCCAGAGCCGGAGCCAGACCCACAGGGCAACUGCUGCAGCGGACAAUCAGGCUACAAGCAGCCAAAGAGAAAUGCCGAGUUGAAUGCACGAGAUCCCGUUCUGGCCAUCCCAACAAAGAGGUCUGAAGCAGCCGCUGGCACGUACGAGGACGCAUACUAG